UCAGUUUCUCGUGACCGUCAUCAGGGAUGAGUGUGUGAGAGCGAUUCUUAUAGCUGUGAGGACGUUUGACCGUAGGACAGAGGAGAGAGGAGAAGGAGACGAGGAGGAAGGGAAGAGGAGAGGAGGAGGAGAAGACUACUGGAGGAGAGGAAGAACAGAGGUGUUGAAGGGAGGUUGUGGAUGAAUGUUGCUGCAGUAAAUCGUUGAUUCAUCGCAGAUCUGUGAAGGUGACAAAAAUAUUUAUCUCUUCAUCUAUGAUUCUUUGGAGGGAGGACUAAAGGAGUGAAAGAGAGAAGGAGGGAUGGAUGAAGGGAUGGAGAGAUCGAUGGAUGAAGGGAUGAGAGAUCGAUGGAUGAAGGGAUGGAUGGAGUCUGAGUUGUUACUGAUCCUUUGUAUCUAGGUUUUCCUGAUCACCCAGUCAGGUCUUUGACGUCAUGACGUCUCAGCAGGAGGUGCCUUCCAUCACCAGGUUUUUUCAGUAUGUGGAGGACUCUGGACUUCGAACCUACGAUGGUUUGGUGAUACAAAAUGCCUCGGAUAUUGCCAGAGAAAGUGACCGCAUUCGUAAUCAGACCAACUGGACCUACCUGCAGGAAAAACACCAAAAGAAGAGAUGGCAGCAAGAAACCAUCAGGAUUGGUGAAGAUGUUGCCAUAGCAACAGAUGUGUCAUACUCUGGAAGACAUUUCAGGAUGGGUUUCAUGACAAUGCCAGCACCACAAGACCGAUUGCCCCCUCCAAGUCAGGGCUUCACAGUCCGAUCCCAGUCCCUCCACUCUGUGGGGGGAGGAGAGGACGAGUCCAACCACAACCGAAAACAACCCCCACCCAAACCGAAGAGAGACCCUAACACCAAACUUAGCAGCAGCUCUGAGAUGGUGAAUGGAGGCUCUGGACCCAUCAGGAGAGAUCAACAAGAGACCAAAGAGAUGAUGGAGCAGCUGGAGGCUCAAUGCCCUGUCUACACUGAUGACUACAAGAAGAUGCCUCCACCUAAACCUAAGAGGAACCCAAACACUCAGCUCAGCACCUCCUUUGAUGAGUCCUACAUUCAUGACCAUGCCAACAAGAAGUCUUCUUUGAGGUGGUGUAAAUCUUCAUCCCAGAGUCAGAGUCCAGUAUCCAGGGACAUGGACGACGAGGAGCCAGUGUAUAUUGAGAUGGUCGGAAACAUCCUGCGAGAGCUGAAAGGUCAGGAAGUGGUGGAGGAUGAUCAGAGUGAGUCUGUGUAUGAGGAGAUGAAAUAUCCAAUGUUGGAGGACUUUGUGCAGGACAAUCCCUCUGCCAUCAUGGAUCAUGAUGCCUGGUCCCAUGAAUCUUUCUGUGAAAUCCCUCCACCCUUUCCGAACCUCUUGACACAUCGUCCACCUUUGCUCGUCUUCCCCCCUGCCCCAGCUCAGUGCUCCCCCAACUCGGAUGAAUCUCCCCUCACACCAUUAGAUGUUACCCGACUUCCCAUGUUAGAGCAAGUCUCCUACAGCAAAUCAGGUGGUGUUGAAUCCCCACAGAGCUCAAGCCACCACCGCAAAGACAGAGAUCGAGACAGAGACCUCUCCAGCAACACCAUCACAUCCUCUGGCCGAUCAUCAGCUCCUCCUCUCGCAUCAAACCUCUACAAGUCAUCUGGCUCGGCCCACAGUGGUCAUGGUUACCCCCGUAGCCAAUCAGCAUGUCCAUCUCCGGUCAGCAUGGGUCGCUCUCUGACCCCUCUGAGUCUGAAGAGGCCACCGCCAUAUGACACAUUGACAACUGGCGGAAAUAUACCUCGCUCUUCAUCUUCAUCAUCUUCACACAAAGCAGGCGGAAGCAGAUCUAAACUUAGUAACUCCUCCUCCACCCACAGUUCCAUGCAGAAUGUUUCAAUAAGGACUCCAACAAGCCCAUUGGACGAACUUAACAAUGUGUUUACGUCAGGUCGACAGGUGGUGAAGAGAAGUUCAGGAAGCAGGAAGAGCAGAGAGAGUGAAGACUACAGGUCUCUGCCUCGACGUGACAGUAAAGACAAAGAUGGACCAUCCAGUCCCCAUUCUAGCAGGAUGGGGAGGUCAUCUGUCAGCCCCACCAUGAUGCUGUCUGGAGGAGGAGUUGGGGGAGAAUCAAAGUCUGUUUGUAAACUUGGUCGUUCAGCCUCGACGUCAGGAGUUCCUUCACCUGGAGCGACACCACAACGUUACCUGCACGAAGCGCAUCACCCUGCCCUUAGACAGGUACACCUGUCUGUCUGACACCUGUCUGUCUCACCUGCAUAAUACCUGUCCAUGUCACCUGUCCAUCUCACCUGUGUGUCUCAUCUGUCUGUCGAGAGGCAUCUGCUUGCAAACCUCCACUAUGAGGUCACAUCUGGCGCAGGCUCCGCUCUCAGGACACCUCCACUGUCAGGACAGGAAACAACAAAGGACUGAUUUGCGGCACAGUCGUUAUUUUUUUCAGC